GAUUUGUGAAGGAAAACGAAAAAUCUGUGUCUUAGCGUCUCUGUUGAUUGUCUGCGCAGAUGAACUUUGGGUUGCCGAGUAUUUCCUGGUUUAAUAACAACAGCUCGAAGAAGGAUGUAGCCAUGGUAGAAACCGUGACAUCGACAACUUCUCUCCUGGAGCAGCCAGAUCGAGGGAAAGGCUUAUUCGAUAUAAAGAUAUGGACUUGGUCACUUAGUUCUGUUGUUCCUUGGGCUGCAACUUCCGGUAAUGGGAAGCAGAAACCCACUACUAUAAAUAGAGGGUUAAAAAGGCAUGCCGCGUCUCGCAGGUCCUCAAGAUCAGAUAGUGUGACUACUGUUUAUCGGUUUAGACCCUAUGUCUCCAAGGUUCCGUGGCACACAGGACCGAGGGCGUUUCUUUCUCAGCUUUUCCCGCGGUACGGACAUUAUUGUGGACCCAACUGGUCUAGUGGGAAAGAUGGUGGUUCACUGGUCUGGGAUCAGAGACCUAUUGAUUGGUUAGACCAUUGCUGCUAUUGCCAUGAUAUCGGUUAUGAUACUCAUGACCAGGCAGAAAUGCUAAAAGCUGACAUGGCGUUUCUUGAGUGUUUGGAAUCGAACAAGCGUGUUGUUACAAGAGGAGAUGCUCAAGUUGCUCACUUUUACAAGACAAUGUGCAUAACAGGUCUCAAGAACAUUCUGAUACCCUACAGAAGCUACCUUGUGAAGAUACAAUAUGGGCAAAAUCUACUCGACUUUGGCUGGAUAAUGAGCAACCUUAGCAAGAGAAGCUGGAGUUUUCAAAAGAAUUGAGACAUAACGAAGCAAAUCGGAGAUGCUUUGCGAUCCCUGUAAGCCGUUGGUGUCUUCACUUUCGUUUUGUACAUAGAAGUCGUAAAGAGGAGGAAACUGAGGAUUAGGUACUGUAAUAUAGAUAAAUACGUUUUAAUAUGAAAAUGUGGAAACGCUAGUAAGUCGUGUGCAUCUUUUAUCUUUAAAACCCUUUGUACAUGUUUAGUAAUGAUUCGUAUGAUUUUGUUUGAGUCCAA